AUGAGGGUAGCGAACAAUGCGCUAACCUCAUUCACAGUGCGCUUAGUUCGCACGGUUGCCGCAAUGAGGUGCGGGUGCGGUUGCUCUGGUGUUAGCUGCAGCUGCUGCUGCAAGUACUGGAUGGAGUUGCCGGAGUCCACUGAAAGCGCCGCCUGUACUGGCGGAGGGGUUUCGUCAGAAGGAUGUGCCACAGGGGCCGCAGGUGCAGUUAUAGCUGCCGGUGGAUGCACUAACGGCUCUAUUGGUGAUGCUGGAUCAGCAAUGGCAGCGUACCCUAGUGGGUACUGCGGUGACUCGACUGCGACGCAGCGGCAACCGAGACCAGCGCUCUCCACAUUCGCGGACCUUCAGACACUGCUCGUGCACCCUGGCAAUGACGUGCCACUCGACGCUAUGCAGAAGCUUGCUUCCGCCUUUCAAGGCCUUGGCGACUGUGCUGGCACACACAAAGGACAGCUGGAUAAACCGUCGAUUGGGUGGCAGGUGGAGGCCACGGUGCUUGCAGCGAUGCACCACACCAGCCACCUCGCGCCCUACACGCCGAUUCAGGGAAUCUUGUGCGAGCUGAAGCAGCUGCUCGCCUUCCUCGACUCAAACGCAGCCGUGACGGAUGGCGCCGCGCAGACUGGAUCUGGGGACUGUACCACGACUCUCCCUCAGCAUGUUAUGCAAGUUAGGAUGCUGGCGAACAUCGCUGGUGCUGUUCUGUGCCUGCUGCGCCGUAGUGCCGAGGAUGCCAUGCCGUACGUAAGAGGCGAUACUCUCGUCACUUUUGCGCAGAUUCCGCUCUCCGCGCUGCCGUUGGGUGCUCGGAGGCGUGACAAGGCGGUCGCGGCGCAAGAGCAGCACCAUUCUGAGAAAGUGAAGCACUCGCAGGUGCUUAGGGCAUCGCGUGCGUGCCGUGGCCCAGGCACCACCACGGCCGCUACCACCGAGACUGGUGCUUCCGUUGCCUGCUCACUGGUUAAGAGGCAACGUCCUGUCUCGUUCUUAUCACUCGAUGCACUUGUCGACGAAGUGUGGCCGAGUCGCUGCUGGAAAGGGUAG